AUGGAUAUGGAAGAUGGUGUACCACGUCGACAACCGCUUUUUCGUACACAAUCAGCUCAACAAGUUCAUAAAUUAAUAAAAAAAUCAACAAACAAAGAAAUUCAAUCAAUAUCAAAUUCUGUAACUAGUCGAUCAUAUGAUGAUUUAAAUAUAAACAAAAGUAAAUCAUUAGUUGAUCUUGCUGUACCAGCAUGUAAUUCAACAAUGAAAAUUAUUGAUCAAAUGGAAAAUUUAAAAUUUGAACAAUUUGAUCCUAUUUUAACAACAACACAUUUUGAUCAUAUAAAUGAACAGGCAAAUAAAAAAUUAAAUUAUUCAAAUGAACGAAUUUAUAAAGGUUUAAUUGAUCUUGAACCAAAUACUGAAGAAAUUCUUGCAGCAGCUGAGCAACAAGAAUUACAAAAACGAAAACAAGCAGCAAAAUUUUUAGAAGAAUAUCAAACUUUACAAAAAAAACGUAUUAAACCAGAUAUUAUGGAAUUAUUUGAUGAAACAACAAUGAUUAAACAAACAACACGUAUUAAUUUAAAACCAUUAAAAUCAAUUAAAAUGAAACCAAAACAAGCUACGAUAUAUUCAACUAAUAGUCUCAAUCAAGCACAAACAUUAUGGAAAAUAUGA